AUGAUGUUUGCCUUUUUUUGUUUGACAUCUUAAGUCUUAGCAUAUUUGAGUUUAGAAUUAGGUUAAACAUAUAAUGAGUAUAAUAAAUCAAAAUAUUUUUUAAUAGUGCUAUUAUACCUUGGCAAGGUGAGUAAAAUUACAAAUAUUACCAAAUUGAUAUAAAAAAUGCAAAAAUAAAUAAAGAUCUAAUAAUAGUUGUGAAAUAGUAAUCAACAAUAGGAAAUCCUGAUAUAUACAUUUCAUCUUUGGAUCAAAAACCUAAUAAAAAUUAUUCAGAAUUUUAAUGCAAUUCUUAAGGAAUGGGUAAUUAAAUUGAUAAAUGUGAUUAUAGAUAUCUGUGUGAUUCCAUAACCAGAAAACAAGACUUAUUAUUUGGCAGUUUAUUGUGAAGAUUAUUGUAGAUAUAAUUUAAAAGUUGUUUAUCAAGAAGAGUUAAUAAUGACUAAUUGUAAAUAUUAUUUAUUAAUAAUAGCUGAUGAUUUGGAGUUUAAAUUUAAUAAUACUAGUUGGACUGAAAUAAUUAGAAUAAAUAUAAAUUAGUUAAAAUAAUACCCAAUUAAAUAGAAUUAAAAUUUAGAAGUAUCAAUACAAGUUAAAAAUGUUGAAAUUUUAUAAGAAUCUUUCCAAUCCUAUAUGAAUUUAGGAAUGUAAAGACCAACACCUUAAAUAUGUAAUUUUAAAGGAUUAGACACAUUCUUAGGAAUAUAAAAGUUUAAGAUUAAUAAUGUUAAGGCAAAUUAAACUUAUACACUUUUAAUAGAAGCAUAAUCAGGAGCAAUUAUGUAUAUAAAAACAAGAACAUAUGGAUCCACAAAGUUUAUUAAUGUUGGAGAAUCCAUUGAAGAUGUAAUAUAAGAAAAUGAUUAUGCAUUCUAUGUACUUAAUGUUACUGCUGAUCAAGAGUUAUUCUAUUUAGGAAAAUUAAUUUUGAAUAUAUAAUUAAUAUCAUUCAAAGGUUAUACUGAAAUGUAUGUAAAUCUUGAUGAAAAUCCAGCAUCAUUAGAAGAUUAUCAUUGGAAACUACAUGAUGGAGUUACAGAUGAUUUGAUUAUUACUAAUGAAGAUUUGAAUCGUUUGAAUACUAAAGGAUAUUAUGUUUAUAUAGCUAUCUUAGCAAAAUAAUCAUUAGCUACAUUUGAAUUGAAAACACAGAUGUUGAAUCCUGAUUUAAUGGUUAUUGAAUUAAACAAGCCUGUUUUUAGUAAAAUGAGUAAAUCUAAAAUUCAUCAAUAUAAAUUUUAUAUAAAAAGCAAUAAAAAACAAAGUGUUAGUGUUAGUCUUAGAAAUAUAAGAGGAGAUGCUGAUAUUAUUGUAAAAUCAUGUAAUGAAUUUUGGACUUGUAAUUUUAAUGAAGAAGAACAAAAAUAAAUAAUUUCUCAGAAUUUUACUAAUAAUAUUACUGAUAAUUAAUAUUAUUACUCUUUCAAGUAAAAUUAAAAUUAAAUAUAAUAGUCCAGGAAAUGAUAUCAUUAUAUUUGAUUAUCUACCAGUAAUAUGUAAGAAUUAUGAUAAUGUACACAUGUGUUUCUAUUCUAUUUUGAUUAUUCCAGGUAAUAAUAAUGUUGAAGAUGAAUUAACUUAUUCUAUUUUAAUAACAACAAAAUAAGAUACUAUAAUUUUAAAAGAAAAUACUCCUAUUAAAUAAUUUGUAUUUCAUGAAUUCUAUAACUAUUAUAAAUUUACAGUGAAUGAUAAUGAUAAAAUCUAAAGAUUAUUUAUUUAAUUAACACCUAUUUAAGGAUCACCAAAGAUUUAUUCAUCAAAAACUGAUAUAUAUCCAACAGAAGAUUAUAAUGAUCGUUAAGGUGUUUAGAAUUUAAUAACUUAUGGUGACUAAACUGAUUUAGAAACUAUUAAUGGAACUAUAUACAUUGGAGUCUAUGGAGAGACAGCUAGUUAAUAUAUUAUAACUGCAAUAGUAUUUAGAAAAUAAGAAGACUGGGGAACUAUUGGUAAAUAUGCCCAUUAAUAUAUAUAAUUAAUUGAAGGUUAACCAUAAGAAAUUGUUACUGUUUAUAAAUAUGAUGUUUAACUUUUCAAAAUUGAUCUAAGUGGAUACAAUAAUGAAAAUUCAUUAACUCAUAAUCAGAUAAAAAUAUUUUUAAGAAUCAAUUCUGGUUAAUUUAUGAUUUAUGCAUUUGAUCAUCCAGAAACUGAUCUUAAAAAAGCUAUUCAAACUGGAUCUAAAUAUUUAAUAAUUAAUAAUGAAUUCUUAAAUAAUCCAUAAUAUUUAUUUAUUAGAGUUGAAACUAAUCAAUCAACUACUUAUCCUCUUUACUCAUAUUCAAUUAAUUUUAGAGUUAGUUCUCAACCUAUUGAAUUAGUUAUUGGAGAUAACUAUUAAGGUUUCAUAGAGAAGUCUGAUAAAUAAACUUUCUUUGUAAACUUUUAUAAAAAAGAAGAUAUAUAUAUCAAUUUUCAUGUUUAGAAUAUCGAUGAAACUAUUUUAUAAGCCACUAUUUAUAUUGAAGAUCGUAUUAUGAUUAUGAAAGAUUAGAAUAUGAUAUUAAGUGCUAAUUAAAUUAAAUAUGAGAAUUGUAAAAAGACUGAAGAUAUUGUUUCAUGUUAAAUUGUUAUUGAAGUGUAAUCAAGAGAAGAUACUUAAUUUUCCUUAUUGAUCUCAAAAGAAUCCUCAAUAAUUAAACUUUAUAAUGAAGAACCUAUUACUAAAACAAUCACAAAUCAAUUUGAUUUUUUCACAUUUCUAUUAACUGAAGAAACAGAAAUAGCAAUAUUUUCUCUAACAGCUAAUAUUAGAAUUUUAGCCAAUAUUAAAUAAUUGAAUCCACCAAAUUUAGAAGAAUUUCCUACCAAUGAUGAUGAUUCUUUAUUUUAGUCUUUAAAUGAUAAAAUUGAAAUGGAAAGUUCCAUUUUUAUAUCAUUAGAUGACAUAGAAAAAUCAAAUUGCUAUAAUACUCCUUGUUAUGUUGCAGUAACUUGUACUACUGCAGAUCCAUUAAAUAAAGAUAAUGGAGAAUAUACAAUAAUACGAUAAUCUGGUGCAGUUAAACUAUUUGAAAAAUUUAUAUAUUCAGGUAAAAUUAAUUAAAAUUAAAUUAAAUAUUUUAAAGUUGUAGAUGUUAAAGAAUCAACUGGACUUCAAAUUUUUAUUACUUCAUCUGAAAUGAAUAAAUUAACUAUAUUAGCAAGUAUUAAUUAAAUGCCUACUUAAUAAUCUUAUGAUUUUUCAUCCAGUUUCAAUUUUGGAGAUUAUUUAUUAAUACCUCCAAAUAUCGAUUCAGAUCAAAUAGUAACAUAUUAGUAUAUAAUAUUUAAAUUAUUAUAGCAUAGGUGUUUUUGCUUUCUAAGAUAUAAAAGUGUCAAUUUAUGUUAAAAUGGGACUUGCACGUUUUUAUCCUAUUUUUAUUUAAAAACCAUUAAGAGUUCAUUUACCUUCAAAUUCAACAACUUUUCUGUAAUUUAAUUGUGGUUCUUAUGAAACAUUACGUAUUCUAAUAAGUUCAAAUUCUUUAAAUGAAUACAUAAAACCUAAAAUUCAUAUUAAAUCCUAUUAAAGAAAUGAAUUAUCAUCAGUCUUGAAUACUAUACAAAAUGAGUAUUUAUUAUUUUAUAUAUAGAUAUCAUUGGUAAAUGGAAGAUUAUUAUUUAGAAAUAACAAAUACUUCAGAAAAUUACUGUGAAAAUUGCUAAUAUAUGAUCUAUCUGGAAAAUAACUAUUAGGAUAUCUUAUUAACUUUAACAAUAUUGAAAAAGGAUUCUUUAAUCUAAUUAUAAAAUAAUUUAGAAAUAAAAAAUUUACUAAAAUUUAAUUAGUUUGAUAGAUAUCUAUAUGCUCCUAAAGAUUAGGGUAAUUUCUAUUUGAAUGUAACAGUUUUUAAAGGAAAAAUAUAUUUAUAUGAAAAAAAAGAUGAUUCAGAUUAGGAAUAUUCUAAUCUACGUCUAAUACUUGAAGAAAAUGAUGGAACCCUUGAUCAUCUGAAUUAUUAAGUAGCAAGUCGUGAAGGUAUUAAUGCCAAUCGAUCAUUACGUAUAAGUAAUUUGAAAGAAAACUAUAAUCUAUCAGUUUAUGAAUUCAAAGUAUUUUCUAAUUUUACAUCUUAAACAAUUUAUUAAAUAGAAAUCAUAGAUUAAAAUCAAGCUAUUGAAUUGAAAAUAGGAUAACCAUAAUAAUUAAAAAUUAAUUAACAUCAAUAAGCUCAAUUAUAUUUUAUUAUUCCAAAUAGAAUAGAUAAUUAUACUGAUGAUUAUUAUUCAAUAACAAUUGAAAUUACAAGCCUUUUGCAUGAUAGAAUCAUUCGUGCUCCAGCAUUUACUUUAAAAUAAGAUAGAUAUAACAAUCCUGAUAUUUAAUCUAAUUAUCAUGAUUUCUUUAAUGCUUAAAUAUCUGUAUUACAAGAAUUAGAUACAAUUACAUAUAUAUAAAUACCUAGCAUAGCAGGUCUAUAUUUUCUAUCCAUAAAUCCAUAAGAAAUAAGUAAUUAAUAAUAUUUUAUAAUGUUGGGUAACAAAGAUUUUAAUAUUUUAACACCAAAAUCAUAUAGAUUAAUUAGAACAAAAGUUGGUGAAUAAUAAAUUUAGGAAAUUCACAUUAAAGAAUCCUCUAAAUUAUUUGUGUAAGCUUAAUUAUGUGGAGGAAUUGUAAAUAUAUUUGGAAGUUCCUCUAGAGAUAAUCUAAUUAUGGGCUAUUAUGAAAAUAAAAUAGAUUCCAUAUAAAAUAAACAAUUAAUUGGAACAAUUUCAAUUGUCUAACCUAAUAUUUAUUACUUAAAUACUAAAACCAUUAAAAGUACAACUCAAUCAGAUUUUGUCUCUUAUAUAUUACGAUUUGAUAUUAUAAAAGAGGAUACUAUAGUACCUAUUGAUCAUUUCUAUCCAGGAGAUGGUGGAGAAUUUUAAAUAUCUUUAAUUGAAAAUUAAUUAUAUUUUUAUUUCUCUCCUAUUUAAUCAUCUGAAAAGUCAAGUUAAAAUUAUGUAUUAGAAAGUAUUACAUAUACUUUUAUCUAUUAAUAAUAAAAUUUAAGUGAUAAUUCAUCAUUAGAUAAAUGUAAUCAAAAUUCAUAAUACUAAUAAUUUACUAUUAGAAGAAGUUAACAUGAUCCUUAACAAACUCUGACUUAAAGAGCUAAUUAUGAGGGAGAUAAUUAUGAAAAAAUAUUAGCCACAAUAUAAGCAACUGGUAUAUCAGUAUUUUUAUUAUUUUAGUAAAUAUAAAAACUAAAAAUUAUGAGAAAUUAAAAUUAUCAUACUUUUAUAAUACAUAAAUAUUAGAAGCAAAAAUAGUAACAAAUAAUUUUUUUGAUGAAAUUAGUAGGGGAUUAUUUACUAUUUUAUUUACACUAUUAUUAUUUAUAUUAUUCUUAUUGCUCAUAAAAUAUAGAAAUUUUAAAUAGAUGUAAAUAUUUUACUAAUUUAAUAGGAUUAAAUUUGAAGCAUAAACAUAAGUAUCUAGUAGAUAAUAAGAACAAUAAAUUGAAAUGAAUUAUACAAAUUUAGGAUGA